GGUUUUUUUUACGCUCAGGAGAAGAGCCGCAAUUGAGGCGUUCACUAUGGCGCCGGAGGACACGCCCACAUGCGGACACUUCAUUUGGGUACCUUUCAAAAUAAAGCCCACCGGAAGUAGACAGAAGGGGACAGAUCGGACAGAGGCAUGACAGACACAUCGGAGCAGCAAAGGCAGCUGAGAGCUUGACGGGCAGCCAGCAGAGGACAUGGGGGACAAAUCAGGGACCAGAGUCUUCAAGAAGUCCAGCCCGAACUGUAAGCUGACUGUUUACCUGGGCAAACGAGACUUCAUAGAUCACUUGGACCAUGUGGAUCCAGUGGACGGCGUGCUCCUCGUGGACCCAGAGUAUCUCAACGGUCGCAAAGUGUUUGUGACACUCACUUGUGUGUUCCGUUACGGCCGUGAGGACCUGGACGUCCUGGGACUCUCCUUCCGGAAGGAUCUAUACAUCAGCACCUUUCAGGCCUUCCCCCACCUACCUGGAGUGGAGAAGAAACCUUUGAGCUACCUGCAGGAGAGGCUGCUCAAAAAACUCGGCCAACAUGCCCACCCCUUUAACUUUUGUAUCCCCCAGAACCUGCCCUGCUCAGUCACCCUGCAGCCCGGCCCGGAGGACACGGGCAAGGCAUGCGGCGUGGACUACGAGCUUCAAGCGUUUUGUGCCAACACCGCAGACGAGAAGCUUCACCAUAGGAACUCGGUGCACUUGGUGAUCCGUAAAGUGCAGUAUGCUCCAGAGAAGAAAGGCCCUCAACCCAUGGUGGAGACCAGCCGCUGCUUCCUUAUGUCGGAGAGAGCUCUGCACCUGGAGGCCUCGCUGGAUAAGGAGUUGUAUUACCAUGGUGAGCCCAUCAGCAUCAACGUCCACGUCUCAAACAACUCCACCAAGACAGUCAAGAAGGUCAAGAUCUCAGUUCGUCAGUAUGCUGACAUCUGUCUCUUCUCCACCGCCCAGUACAAGUGUCCCGUGGCGCAGCUGGAGGCUGAUGACCAGGUUUCUCCCAGCUCUACCUUCUGCCAGGUCUACACGCUGACCCCCUGCAUGGGUACCAAUAGAGAAAAGAGAGGGCUGGCUUUGGACGGAAAGCUUAAACAUGAAGACACCAACUUGGCCUCCAGCACCAUAGUGAAAGAGGGAUGCAACAAGGAGAUGAUGGGCAUCUUGGUGUCCUACAGGGUCAAAGUCAAACUGGUCGUGUCUCUUGGAGGGGACAUCGCAGUGGAGCUUCCAUUUGUCUUGAUGCAUCCCAAACCACCCGGCCAGCCCAGCCCGCAGCCAGCUGCUGAUGCUCCUGUGGAUACAAACCUCAUAGAUUUUGAUAUGAGGUCUUCUCAGGGUGAAGACUUUGUGUUCGAAGACUUUGCGCGCCUGCGUUUGACGGGGUCUAAUGUCGACCCCCUUUGUUAGACGCUGACAUCCAAACAGGACGAUCACAUGUGCAGGUAUUUUGCUGUCUUGUGAACAAUCAAGGGGGUAUUUUUUUACAGGUUUUCUAAUGAGUUUGCAAGUUCACUUCUUAAAUUGUAAUUGAAAAUUCCACUACUUGACCAUAUUCAGUCAAAUAUCAGGAUGAACCUAAAAGGCACUACUAUACCAGGGGUCGGGAACCUUUUUGGCUACGAGAGCCAUGAAGGCCAGAUAUUUUAAAAUGUGUAUCUGUGAGAGCCAUAUACAUUUUGAAUGCAAUAAAAUGUGUGCAUUUUUAUGUAAGACCAACAGUUUUAGAUAUAAUGGGCUCUAAUUAUGUAGACCAGGCACACUACCCCACGCCAAUGGGGUGUGGCCAGCACACUUUCGUGAGCAGCGCAGUGUCUAAUAAUAAAUCAAAUACUUGCUGCCAUUAAUACAACUUCUGCUGCUGCAUAAUUUUGCACCAUACUCAGUAUAUUUCAUUCUUUUGGCCAUCUUCGUCAGAAGGCUUGGUUCUGCAGCUUUAGCUAGGUGACUAUUUGACUAAAGGAGGAAAGUCUACAUUUACAUGUUGAUAUCUCAAUGACCGAGGUAGACUACCGCAUUACCCAGUAAUAAUCAAGUUUUGGUGUUUGACCUGGAAAAUAUCUUCAAGAAAGUUUAGCCGCAUUGCAGUAGAAAAUAGAUGGACGAAUUAAAAUGCAUAAAAAAGUUGUUGAUUUUUAAUAUUAUUUAAUUUAAUAUUAUUUCUGUGAUGUUUACUUUAAACUGUUAGCAAAAAUACAUUUUUAUUGUGGUAAGAAAUGCUUGAGAGCCAGAUACAGUCAUCAAAAGAGCCCUACCUGGCUCCCGAGCCAUAGGUUCCCUACCUCUGCACUAUACAGUCCAACUUAAUUUAAAACAUUUGAAUGCAAGUGUUGAGUGUGUCAGUGCUUUUAGUACAAUGUUCUGUUCUCUAACAAAGAGCUGAAAAUUCAGAUGUUAGACAUGUGCAUUCAAAAGUUUAAAGAAGGUCAAUGAACCUCUCCUGUGAUUAUACCAGAGGGCAUUUUAGGUUCAUCCGGAAUGUUUUUUUUUUGUCAGUAGUGUAUCUGUUUUAUUCUGUACUCUAAUCCUUGUCAUUCCACUGCCUAUGUACUUUUGUACCCCAAGUACUGUUCAGCUUUGUUUUAAUUGCUAACAUCCACACUGGUGAGGUCUUCACUGAAGUCAUCGACAAACUCAGGUGUCGCUUAAAAGUUGCUAGAAUAUCCUAAAUCAAGAAUGCAGUCAUUACAUGGCCACUGUGUGUGCAGUAUUGUCACAAAUUAUACCUGAGAUAUUUCAUGUACUUCACACAUCAUGAAAAUGGAUCAUGUUAUUGUCUUCAAAAUUGAUCUUGUAAUCAAGUUUGUACAAAUAAAUAUGAAGCACAUAAAUGUAACCGAAAUGUGAUCACUUAAAAGUCCACAUUCAAGAGGCCUGCUGCUGAUCCAGCAUGACUUCACAGGUGCGGCCCAGUUCUCCCAGUUUCACCUUGGCGUACUCGGCUCUGUUGAGCGCCAUCUGACAGUCCUUCCUGGAUGAAUAUGUGGAUCCUUCAUGAGGUUGACCCGUAGCCACCUAAAGAAACGACGGUGUGAUUAUUUGUCUUAAAAACAAAUCAUUACGAGUAUUGUGUGUUAGGAAUGUCCCGAUCAGAUCUUCAGGAUCACAAGAUCGGGCCAAUCCUGAUAUCGUUUGACUCACAGCGGUUUGUUACAAAAGCCAAAUAAUAUUCUUGGUCAUGUUGUGUAAUAAAAAAAUAC